AUGAGGAAGUCCACCCACUCGACAACCGAAGGAGCAUCGGUUGAGUCACAAGAUUACUCUGGACUUGCCAGAACUGAGUCCGAUGCCCCAAUACAGCAGAAUAUGUCUUUGAGACGAUGUCUGAACAGGCAGUCGGAAGUAGCUGUGCAAGACGACUCAUCCAACUCCUUCGGUAGUCCAGACAUUGCUGUUGAAGCAGUCAGCAACUUAUCGCCAUUACAGUUUCAAGCUACCACGAGCGACUCUGAUGAUGGGUACGUGCCUCCGAUGGAGUCCUCCGAUGGACGGCUCGAUAUCUACAACUCCGAACGGACAAGCCCACCCGACUUACUUGGUAACAUUGUCUUGCCCUCUCUAGUUUCCGGGGUUCAGACUCCAUUAGAGAGACGACUCCUUCACUACUUCAUUGGAACUUUCUCCAAAAUCUUGAUAUCCACGCCUUCCACCGACCUCAACGCCAUCAAUAACGUCGUCCUGCCUAUGGCCUUGCAAGACGAGCAAGACUGGGGCUUGUUGAGUUUGAUCCUCAGCCUCUCCGCGAGUCAUCUGUCUAGGGCCCUUUCGCGACAGACGGCGGUCGACGACGCAGAAGAUCUUCGUCAACUAGAAAAGACCAAAUGGAAACACUAUAGUUAUGCCCUGUCACGGCAUGCUAGGAACCUGUUUUGGGUGAUUCAACAGAAUAAUUCAGCCGAGGUCGAGCAGGAGCCCGAGGUAUCACAAAUCGACUACGCCAUCGCUGCAACCAUGCUUCUAUGUCAGUGGAGCACUUGCGAAGGCGGCGACGUGGCAAACUGGAGAAUUCACCUCGACGCCAACCGUGAUCUCGUACGCCGCAAGUUUACUCGGCGUCCCAACGCAUUGUCUAGUGCUCUCAGUGAUACCAGUCAGGUACUCCUGGAGUGGUUCUACUUUCAUGACAUUCUCGCAACAGUCACAUCUCCUGAACGACCCUGCAUCUCUAUAAGCCCAGAAAUAAUGGAUGCAUUUGGCGUCUCUGGUGCCGCAGAGGUUCUCCCCAAGUGCUUCAGUAACAAGCCACUCCUAAGGUCACUGUGGAUUGGGGUCAACGACGGACUGUUAGCAAUCAUCGAACGAAUAAUUGUCCUGCGUCAAUCAACGGAAGCUCACAGUUCGACCACAGAUGAUGGUCUAGCAAGUGUGCAGCCAACGUCGCAGGUUAAUACUAACUUGCCGACUGCAUCUAAUCCGUUGGCAAUGCGCGCGCUGAAGCCGAACCAGCUUAUGGAAGCUUUAACGAUCGAGAAAGCACUACAUGACAUCUCACUUCAAUAUUCUACCAGUCAGCAAAGUCUCGUUGCGCAGUGCUAUCGCUUAGCCGCUUCACUGAUGUUGCAUUUCACAGUCUAUCCAACGAGCCCUCCUAACCAAGGAAGAGCUUGGGAUUGUCUCACACAGCUUCUCAAACUCAUUGAACACAUUUCAGAGGAGGACAGUGCCGUGACUUGCUCACUUUUCCCGCUCUUCAUUUGUGGAUGCUUCAACAUCAUCCUGCUCAACGGAUCAAUCAGGGACCUCUCUUCCUGGGACCUCCAGGCAGAAAGGUUCGAGAACAUGAUUCCACAGAUGCUUGGCCUUUUAGGCACUGGCCGUUUCAGGGAAGUUACGAGUGGCAUCCCACAGCAUACCCACGGCCUCUGGAUCAUCUUUAGGAGAUGUGACGGGACUGAGGUGAGUUCGAACAGCGAAGACGAGGACCCCUGUCCGUGGCAGACGUUGAAGAGAUUGAAUUCAUGGGCGGAUGAGAAUGUCAUUGAUUAUGGCUGUUUUGUUGUUGAGCAUCUCUUGCUGGAAAAGAGCAUAUUUGGGUUGGAUGAACCCAUUGUAGCGCUGGAUCGGGCUGCUGGCUUUGAGGUUGAGGAAGAAUCUACGGUACAGAAUGUCAGCAGGCCGACUCCAAGAUUAACGACAUAUGGUGUUGUUUACUUUGCCAUCGACUUCUGUAUCCUUCCCUCCCACAGGGGGUUCUAA